AUGGAAGGGCUGCUCGGAGGACGAACGACGUUGCUGCUCCUCGCGCAGACGAUUGCACUACUCGGGUACGAUGGGUGGUCACCGGAAAGCGGGUCGCGACUCUUACGUCUAGGUUGCGGGGAGUGCGUGGCCUUGAAGCUCGCGGCUAUGGCUGUUCUGAGGGAUUACUUCAGUUGGGGGAGUCUUGCAGCAAUUUUGUUGUCGAUGGCAUCUCUGGAUAUGGCUUUGGAUGAUGUGAUUAAGAAGAGCCGGAGAAAUAAUGAUAAGCUAGGCCAAGGCAGGUCCCGUCGUGGAAGAGGGCCAAUAGGAUCAUCAAGAGCUGGACGGCCAUUUGGUGGAUUUGGGCCUACUCGCAGAAAUCCGCUUGGAGUAAAUGUUCGAUCGUCAGCCUUUCCAACUGCCAAGUCCAUCCGCAGACCCAGGCCUCUGCCAUGGCAUAAUGGUUUGUUUGAAGAUAUUGGGACAGCUGAGGUGGUUUUUGCUAGAAAAACAGAUGCACUUCAAGCAUUUAAGCGAUAUAACAAUGUUCAGCUGGAUGGAAGGCCUAUGAAGAUAGACAUAAUAGGUGCCAAUGCGGAGAUCCCCAUUUCACCUCGUUUUAAUGUUGGUGGACCAAAUGGAAAGAAGAGGACAGUUGUCAUGACGCCUGGACCUGGCCGUUCCAGAGGUGGCUUUGCAGCUGCUAAUCACAAUUCUGUGCAAAGAAGUCGUGGUGGCCCAAGCAAUCUCCGAGGUGGCGGCAGCAGCCGUGGAGGUGGCGGCAGCCGUGGCCGUGGACGUGCACGGAGAAAGAGAACUGUUAAAAAAUCGGCUGAUGAACUUGACAAGGAGCUCGAGAUCUAUCAUGCUGAUGCCAUGCAGUCUUAA